AAAAAAAAAUAAUAGAGAAAAAGUUAGCUAGAAAAAAAAUCCCGCAUUUCACCGAUAAAGGGGGAGAAAGUGGAGAAAUUCGUCGAAUCUUCAUCUUGAGCCACUCUCGAAUCCCUAAUCAUUCAAUCUCUGCUGACGUUGGAGUCCGAUUCCGAUCCCGAUCGAAUCAUUCGCUUUCUGGUAAAAAAACAGUGGAGGAUUUGAGGUUGUUGCUAGGAUUUGUAGAAUUAGGGUUCUAGUUGCUGGAAUCGUAUGGAUCUGAGAUUUUUUUAGCUGAAGAAGUUGCUGUAAUGGAUCGAGAAGUCAUUGUGCCUUGGUUUUUGUGGUUGAUCUUGGUCUUCAAUCCUUUAGCUAGGGUUCUUGCUAACACCGAAGGUGAUGCAUUGCACAGUUUACGGACCAGCUUAACUGAUCCUAAUAAUGUGUUGCAGAGUUGGGAUCCAACACUGGUCAAUCCAUGCACAUGGUUUCACGUCACAUGCAAUAAUGACAACAGUGUUAUUAGAGUCGAUCUUGGAAAUGCACAGUUAUCGGGCACUCUGGUUCCCCAACUCGGACAACUUAGAAAUUUGCAAUACCUGGAACUCUAUAGUAACAACAUUAGCGGGAUAAUUCCUAGUGACCUGGGUAAUCUGACGAACCUAGUGAGUUUGGAUCUGUACUUGAACAGUUUCACGGGCCAGAUACCUGACACUCUGGGGAAACUCACAAAUCUUCGUUUUCUUCGGCUAAACAAUAACAGUUUGUCGGGUAACAUUCCGCAAUCAUUAACAAAUAUUAGCGCGCUACAAGUUCUGGAUCUGUCAAACAACAACUUGUCAGGGGAGGUUCCAUCAAAUGGAUCCUUUUCAUUAUUUACCCCUAUCAGUUUUGCUAAUAACCCUCUUCUGUGUGGCCCUGGUACAACAAAACCUUGUCCUGGAGCACCUCCAUUUUCUCCACCACCACCAUUUGUUCCUCCAGCACCACCAACAUCUACAGGAAGUGGCACCUCUAGUACCGGAGCAAUUGCUGGUGGAGUUGCUGCAGGUGCUGCUCUAUUAUUUGCUGCACCUGCUAUUGGCUUUGCAUGGUGGCGUCGCCGUAAGCCUCAAGAAUACUUCUUUGAUGUCCCUGCUGAAGAAGAUCCAGAAGUUCAUCUGGGCCAGCUUAAAAGGUUUUCUCUACGAGAGCUGCAAGUUGCCACUGAUGGUUUUAGCAACAAGAACAUUUUGGGAAGAGGUGGGUUUGGAAAGGUCUAUAAGGGGAGGCUUGCUGAUGGUUCUUUGGUUGCCGUAAAGAGGUUAAAAGAAGAGCGCACACCAGGUGGAGAGCUUCAGUUUCAGACAGAAGUUGAGAUGAUCAGUAUGGCUGUGCAUAGAAACCUUCUUCGGCUUCGGGGGUUCUGCAUGACACCCACAGAAAGGCUGCUUGUAUAUCCUUACAUGGCUAAUGGAAGUGUUGCUUCAUGUUUAAGAGAGCGCCCUCCAAAUGAACCACCACUUGAUUGGCCUACUCGAAGACGGAUUGCAUUGGGAUCUGCCCGGGGGCUUUCCUACUUGCAUGAUCAUUGUGAUCCAAAGAUUAUUCACCGUGAUGUCAAAGCCGCAAAUAUUUUAUUAGAUGAAGAGUUUGAGGCAGUUGUAGGUGACUUUGGCUUGGCUAAACUCAUGGACUACAAGGAUACCCAUGUAACAACUGCUGUUCGUGGUACAAUCGGGCACAUAGCUCCAGAAUAUCUAUCCACAGGGAAGUCUUCCGAGAAGACUGAUGUCUUUGGGUAUGGAAUCAUGCUUUUGGAGCUCAUUACGGGGCAAAGGGCAUUUGAUCUUGCUCGCCUUGCAAAUGAUGAUGAUGUUAUGUUGCUUGACUGGGUGAAAGGACUGCUGAAAGAGAAGCAACUGGAAAAAUUAGUAGACCCUGAUCUACAAAAGAACUAUAUUGAGGCUGAAGUAGAAUCACUCAUCCAAGUUGCUUUGCUCUGCACACAAGGCUCCCCCGGGGAGCGCCCAAAGAUGUCGGAAGUCGUACGAAUGCUCGAAGGCGAUGGCCUUGCCGAGAGGUGGGAGGAAUGGCAAAAGGUCGAGGUGGUUCGUCAAGAUUUCGACAUGGCCCAGCAUCACCCUGGAUGGGUUCUUGACUCUACUGAGAACCUUCAGGCCGAGAUGCUAUCUGGCCCGAGAUGAAAACCAAGAUUCGCAAUUUGUUAUUAAGUUCGAGUUUUUGUGUAUAUGAAGCUAAGGUGGGGUUUGAUGUAUUGGUCUUCGGAAAUGUGUAUGUGAUAUUGUUGAUUAAAUUUUUUUUUUGGGGGCAAGUUAUUCAGACCAUGAUGAAAGGCUCAAUUGUAACAAUUCUAUUUAGUUUAAAGGUUUGUGGGGGAACAAAUCUUAGAUAGAUGGAUAGAGGUUUGUAUUGUAUACUCUUGCGGUUGUGGAACACGCGGUUAGCCCAUUGAAGUAUGCUAUUUACAAAUGACUAAAUGUAUUUUAAAUUGGUUA